CGUCCUCCUCGAAGCCACUCCCCAAACCACACUUUUGCCGACAUGGAUGAAAUCGGCGUUGAGAUUCAGAAGCAGGAGCCAACCUUUGAGGCUGUGGUCGAGGACAAGGCCUCGCUCUUGCAAGAGUUGGAGCAGGAAGAGGACCUCUAUCUGAAGUACAAGAAGCUCGCGCGGCAUUUGGAGAUGCUCGACAUCCAGGAGAGCUACAUCAAGGACGAGCAGGCGAAUCUCAAGCGCGAACUCAUCCGCGCGCAAGAGGAAGUCAAGCGCAUUCAGUCCGUCCCGCUUGUCAUCGGGCAAUUCCUGGAGCCCAUUGACCAACACACCGGCAUCGUCGGCUCAACAACGGGCUCGAACUACGUCGUCCGCAUCCUCUCCACCCUCGACCGCGAGCUGCUCAAGCCGUCCUCAUCCGUAGCCCUCCACCGACACUCGAAUGCCCUCGUCGACAUUCUCCCGCCAGAGGCGGACUCUUCUAUCUCCAUGCUUGGCAAGGAGGAGAAGCCGGAUGUAACGUACCAAGAUAUUGGUGGCAUGGACGCGCAGAAGCAGGAGAUCCGGGAGGCGGUCGAGCUGCCCCUCACCCACUUUGACCUGUACAAGAAGAUUGGUAUCGACCCACCGCGUGGCGUGCUGCUGUACGGCCCCCCAGGUACUGGCAAGACUAUGCUGGUCAAGGCCGUUGCGCAUCACACAACCGCUUCCUUCAUUCGCGUCGUGGGCAGUGAAUUCGUGCAAAAGUACCUGGGAGAGGGUCCUCGCAUGGUCCGCGACGUGUUCAGGCUGGCCCGAGAGAAUGCUCCCGCCAUCAUCUUCAUCGACGAAAUCGACGCCAUUGCGACGAAACGUUUCGACGCGCAGACCGGUGCAGAUCGCGAGGUGCAGCGUAUCCUGCUGGAGUUGCUGAACCAGAUGGACGGUUUCGACCAGGGAAGCAAUGUCAAGGUCAUCAUGGCCACAAACCGAGCGGACACGCUCGACCCGGCGUUGAUGCGUCCAGGUCGUCUCGACAGGAAGAUCGAGUUCCCCUUGCCCAACAGGCGAGAGAAGCGUUUGAUUUUCCAGACUGUCACCAGCAAGAUGAACCUCGGCCCCGACGUCGACCUGGAGGACUAUGUUUCACGUCCGGAGCGGUUAUCUUCAGCAGAAAUCACCGCCAUCGUGCAGGGUGCCGGUCUACAAGCUGUGCGGAAGAACCGGUACAUCGUGUUGCCCGCGGACUUCGAGGAAGCGUGGAAACAAAACGUCAAACGCGCAGACGAGACGUUGGACUUCUACCGGUGAUAGCUGUCGUUUGUUGUUGUGGUCGCGUGUGUACUCUACUGGACAAUAUAUUCCUUGCAUCUCG